AUGGCGACCGCAGCGUCUAACCACUACAGCCUGCUCACUUCCAGCGCCUCCAUCGUGCACGCCGAGCCGCCGGGUGGCAUGCAGCAGGGCGCCGGGGGCUACCGCGAGGCGCAGAGCCUGGUGCAGGGCGACUACGGCGCGCUGCAGAGCAACGGGCACCCGCUCAGCCACGCUCACCAGUGGAUCACCGCGCUGUCCCACGGCGGUGGCGGCGGGGGCGGCGGCGGAGGCGGCGGGGGCGGGGGUGGCGGCGGGGGCGGCGGCGACGGCUCCCCGUGGUCCACCAGCCCCUUGGGCCAGCCGGACAUCAAGCCCUCGGUGGUGGUACAGCAGGGCGGCCGCGGCGACGAGCUGCACGGGCCAGGCGCCCUGCAGCAGCAGCACCAGCAGCAGCAACAGCAGCAGCAGCAGCAGCAGCAGCAGCAACAACAGCAGCAGCAGCAGCAGCGGCCACCGCAUCUGGUGCACCACGCCGCCAACCACCACCCGGGGCCCGGGGCAUGGAGGAGCGCGGCGGCGGCAGCGCACCUCCCGCCCUCCAUGGGAGCGUCCAACGGCGGCUUGCUCUACUCACAGCCCAGCUUCACCGUGAACGGCAUGCUGGGCGCCGGCGGGCAGCCGGCGGGGCUGCACCACCACGGCCUGCGGGACGCGCACGAGGAGCCGCACCACGCAGACCACCACCCGCACCCGCACUCGCACCCGCACCAGCAGCCGCCGCCGCCCCCGCCGGGCCCGCCAGGCCACCCCGGCGCCCACCACGACCCUCACUCGGACGAGGACACGCCGACCUCGGAUGACCUGGAGCAGUUCGCCAAGCAGUUCAAGCAGCGGAGGAUCAAACUGGGAUUUACCCAAGCGGACGUGGGGCUGGCGCUGGGCACCCUGUACGGCAACGUGUUCUCGCAGACCACCAUCUGCAGGUUUGAGGCCCUGCAGCUGAGCUUCAAGAACAUGUGCAAGCUGAAGCCUUUGUUGAACAAGUGGUUGGAGGAGGCGGACUCGUCCUCGGGCAGCCCCACCAGCAUAGACAAGAUCGCAGCGCAGGGGCGCAAGAGGAAAAAGCGGACCUCCAUCGAGGUGAGCGUCAAGGGGGCUCUGGAGAGCCAUUUCCUCAAAUGCCCCAAGCCCUCGGCCCAGGAGAUCACCUCCCUCGCGGACAGCUUACAGCUGGAGAAGGAGGUGGUGAGAGUUUGGUUUUGUAACAGGAGACAGAAAGAGAAAAGGAUGACCCCUCCCGGAGGGACUCUGCCGGGCGCCGAGGAUGUGUACGGGGGGAGUAGGGACACGCCACCACACCACGGGGUGCAGACGCCCGUCCAGUGA